GGCCAGAGGCUUCUAGUGCAGUACUUCUGUCUUAAGGGUCAGUGUCUGCAUUUGAAGAAAGGGAUUUGGUUCAAUGCUAAGGCGAAUUUAUCUUCCUCGAUAGCGACACCUCGGGAAGCAUGGACAGUUUAUACUGUGGAUUACAACCUCAAGACAAAAGACCGCUGGUGAGAAUUUGCCCAUCUAUGAAAUAUUUCUGAUUUUUUUUUUUUUUUUUUUUGGAUCUGAUUUCCUUCUUCACAGUUCAUUGGAUCCUAUUGGACAGAGUUGUAAGCCGUCUGGAGAAAGAGCAGGUGUUGCGUUUCACUGUGGGUUCUUUGAAGACUUUUUGGUGCGUCAUUAGAGCUGCUUUAUUUAUUUACUCUACCCAUAGACAUUAACUUCCCAUUUAGUCUCAGUCUUUACUCAGCACCUGCUCUUUACUUAGCUUUAUUCUGGCUCUUCUAAAGUCGCAGUUCAAAGGAUUGGAAAGUCUCAAGAAACUGUUUGGUUUCCUUCAAGCUGCCAUUCCUCUGCCAGAACCUACUGCUCCUGCUGUGGUGUGUUUCAUCAUCACGCUCCAUAAGUAAACAGGAGAUAUUACAUGAGACGGAGAGGAAUAUCAUUCUGGAGUCUGGAGAUAACAGCCAAGAGAAAGGAAACACGGACACAGAUAUAAGCUGAUGAGGGGAAGUAACUUCAGCUGCUCUUGAAGAACUCGCAGGAGGACUGUUGCACUUGUGCAGAAGGUAAAUUUUCCUCCUAAAACCACACAACCAGUGAUGGAUGACCAGGCUGUAAUCCAGGACAGUGUGGUUGCGGGAAAGUGGGAGCUCCUGGUCUGCUAUGUGUCCCAACACCAUGGCAAAAGGAGGACCGCUUCCUAUGGGAACAGAAUCGCAGGUGGACGGUGGCUCUCGAUAUCAAUCAUCGUUCUUUCUCUAUGCAUGUUUGUGUGUGUCUGUGGGCAAAUGGAGGGGAUGGUGCACUCGAGCUUCCGCAGGCUGAGUGGCCGUGAGAAGAAAGAGAUGCAAAAGGAGAUUUUGUCCAUCCUGGGACUCCCGGGACGGCCUCGUCCACACCCGCCUUUACGUCCUCCCUCAUCUGCUCCACUCUUCAUGCUGGACCUGUACCAUGCCGUUUCAGCAGAAGAGGACGAGGGCCCAGGUGUCGGCUUCAUCCCUGAAAGUGUCAGUCAUGCCGUAUUGCCCACUCUAAGCACACACACACCGCCACUUGGCACGGUGGUCAGUGAGGCAGACACCGUCAUGAGCUUCGUCAAUCUAGUGGAGCACGAGAGAGAUCUACUCCAGUCGCGGCCCUACUGGAAGGAGUUCAGAUUCGAUCUGACGCCGCUUCCUCAAGGAGAGACAGUAACUGCUGCAGAGUUCCGCAUCUAUAAAACCCUGACUUUGGGUCAGAGAGCGAAUCGUACCCUGCACAUCUCUGUCUAUGAGAUCCAGAGGGAAAAAAGACACAGGGAACCUGAACUAGUCUUGUUGGACAUGCAGUCGGUUCCAGCGGGACAGGAAGGCUGGCUGGCCUUUGACGUAACAUCUGCCAGCAACCACUGGCUCCUGCAACCGCGAAGCAACCUGGGCAUCCGACUGUACGUGGAAACAGAGGAUGACCGCUCGUUAUCUGUAGGCUGGGUGGGUUUGGUGGGUCGCAGAGGGCCGCGUUCCAAACAGCCUUUCAUGGUAACAUUUUUCAGAGCCAGCCAGGCCCCCUGCCGUCCUCCCCGUGCUGCCAGUCCCAACACACAGCGCAAGAAAAAACACAAAAAUGAUCUACCUCACAACAGAACAGGUUUACUUGACCACACUCCUGUAAGUAAUGGACGACAGGCCUGUAAGAAGCAUGAGUUAUAUGUCAGCUUCAGUGACCUGGGUUGGAAGGACUGGGUUUUGGCUCCUUCUGGUUACUCAGCAUACUAUUGUGCUGGGGAAUGUGACUAUCCUCUUGGUUCCUGUAUGAACGCUACUAAUCAUGCAUUGAUCCAGCUUGUGGUUCACCUUAUAAAACCUGACGAGGUUCCAAAGGCCUGCUGUGCACCGACCAAACUUAGCCCUAUCUCUGUGCUGUUUUACGAUGACAACAAUAAUGUAAUACUUAAAAAACAUCGAAAUAUGGUGGUUAAGACAUGCGGCUGCCAGUAAACUUGUGUCUCUGUUUGUUUAGUGGUGGCAGUCUGCCACUGUCCCUACUGCACUAUUUCAAGCUAAGAAAAGUAUUGUUUCAACAGGACCUUUAUAUAUUUUUCUCCUGGUGUAAAAUAAAUAAGCUAUUAAAAUGAUACAACAGCUCAUUAUUGUGGUUUGUAGUAAUUUAGAAAAUAAAUCAGGAAUUUCAGUGUUAUGAAUACAGAUGUGUACAAUUAUGGAUUUCUCUUUCUAACGUUAUUACAAUCAGAAACCAUAACUAUUAAUUAUAACUAAUUGUAAUAUUACAAAAAGUUUAUGGAAUGUUAUGCUAGCGUUCAGGUGAGCGAGAUGUGUGUUAAACAUUUUGUUGAGGAAAUAAAAUCAUUGUUUUUUAUCAAAUAUAAAGUGCAACUAACAAACAGGAUAGAGCCAGUAAAAGAAACCAUUUUCUUUAAAAAUAUAUUAAGUCCAGUUGUAAAGUCUGUUUCGCCGAUAUCUUGGUCUGUAUGCUAAACUAAAGCACAACUUUGUAAGAAACAAAAUUUAUUCUUUCAUUCAUACUUUGACAUAACAGAUGAACAACAUGAGACAGUUUAUAAUAAUUUAAUUGUAAUCUUUAUAACAUAUUGUUUCCACUGAUUUCUUUCCUUGGAUGUCAGUGACUUACAGAAGGAAUUCAAGAAUCAGUGUCAGUGUGAGAUUGUUUCUCUCUGUAUUAUACUGCCACCUAUAUUCAAACUGCCUUGCAGUAGUGCACAAUAAAAUACCUUUCUCAAA